CUUUUCAUUUUCUUUGUUAUUUCAGUUAUGCUUACUUGGGCACUUUAGAGCUGAGAGAAAGAGAGAGCGAGAGAGAGAGAGAGAGCUCUUCAGAGUUCAGAGUUUCUAAUGGGUUUUUGAAAAAAAAAAUAAAAAAUGAAAACCCAUUAUGCAUUUUGAUUGAUACAAUUUUUCUUCAUUUGAAAAGACUCUCCUUUCUAUAGGUUGGACGAGUCACAGGGCCUUCUUGGUUAGAUAACAUGACUAGGGGGAAGACCUAUUUGUUGGGAGGGAAAAAUGGAAGAGUUUCGGCAGAAGCUAGUAGUGGACACAUUGCAUGCAAGCACCUGUACAAGUUCAAAUGUAAUCCUUAUGGAUCCCUGUUUUGGUGUCUUUAAGGUGUCAGAGAAUUGACAGUGCCAUUUGUCUUGAAAAAUGAACAACCUGGAGCCGUGGAACAUAUGACUUGUGGAUGAAAUCUUAGAAACAUUCAUAUAACCACAAGACAAGGGCUAUAUUCUAGGACAUCGAGAUAUUAUGGAGUGCAACAAAGAUGAAGCAGUCAGGGCAAAGGAAAUUGCUGAGAAGAAGUUUAUGGGGAGGGAUUAUGCUGGGGCAAAGAAGUUUGCUUUAAAGGCUCAAAAUUUGUACCCCGAGCUCGAUGGUUUAUCCCAAAUGCUGACUACUUUUGACGUUCAUAUUUCUGCAGAGAACAGAACUAGUAAUGGAGAAGUUGAUUGGUACGGCGUGCUUGGUGCGAACCCCUGGGCUGACGAUGAGACAGUCAGAAAACAUUACCACAAGCUAGCGCUCAUGCUUCAUCCUGAUAGAAACAAGUCUCUGGGUGCAGAUGAUGCAUUUAAGCUGGUUUCAGAGGCCUGGGGCUUGUUAUCUGAUAAGGAAAAGAGACGAGCAUACAAUCAGAAACUGAGUCCUGCAGAAUGGCAGGGGAGAGUAUCAACCCAGACUAAGGCUCCCUCUGCCCAACAUAGGGAAAAUGGCUUUCAUAAUCACAACAGUACUGUAACUUCGCAUACAAGGACUCAGAACAAGAAUAUGCAGUCGAGGCCCACAUCAGUCCCUUCUCCGUCAUCUAAAAAACCUGAUACGUUUUGGACUAUCUGCAGUCGAUGUAUGAUGCAUUAUGAGUAUCUGAGGGUUUAUCUGAAUCACAACCUGCUAUGUCCCAACUGUCAUCAGCCUUUUUUGGCUGUUGAGAAGGAUCCACCUUCAAACGUUAUGAAGUCAUCCCAGAAUCCAAGACAUCAUGCUGGAAAUAGUAAUGCAUUUAAUUCUCAAAAAAAUGGUGGUCAAAAUUCAGGAUCUGAGGGGUUUGGAGUACACAAUUCAACUAAUGGUCCAAAUCUCCAAUGGUGUAAUUUUGGAGGCAAAAUUGCAUCAACAUCAACCGCUGGUCAUGCUAAGAGUGUGGUUCAGAAAACACAUGACCAAUUGAAGAGAGAGCAGGAGGAUGCACAGGCAGCCACUGAAUGGGAGAAGCGUUAUGCUUCCAAAAGGGUGGGUAAUUCUGCUCUUAGAGCAGACCAACUCUUUAAAAGGAGGAGAUGUGAUGAAACUGGCAUGAACAAUCACGGAGCUGAUGUUUUGAAUCAAGCAGUCAUUGGAAAUGGAGGAGCAGGAAUCAGAAAUUCAUCUGAACCAAGAAGGGGCCAAUUUGAAGCACAAAGGGUUCAUGGUUUUUCAGAUAUUCAUACCAAGUCCAUCACUGGACGAGAGUUGUCCCUUCUCGAGCUUCGAAACAUUUUGAUGAAGAAGGGACUCUUGGAGGUCCGUGGAAAACUUAAAGAAUGGAGCUCAAAUCAGGUGAAACUGAAAGAAAGUAAAAAACCGGAAAGCUUGGUGAACAAUGAUGCAAAUAAACAUAAGAGUGGUGACUCUGCUGGCACUUCUUCCAAUGGAUCUACUAAACAGGCACCAGCACCUUUGUCAAUCAAUGUUCCAGAUCCUGAUUUUCAUAAUUUUGACUUGGAUCGAACAGAAAGUUCCUUUGGUGAUGACCAGGUCUGGGCUGCCUAUGAUGAAAACGAUGGGAUGCCCCGAUAUUAUGCUCGAAUUCACUCAGUGAUCUCUUUGAAGCCUUUUAAGAUGAAGAUCAGUUGGCUUAACUCACGAAGCAACAGUGAAUUUGGCCUUCUAGACUGGGUGGGGUCUGGUUUUUUAAAAACUUGUGGUGAUUUCCGGACUGGCAGACAUGAAAUCAGCAAAACCUUAAACUCUUUCUCACAUAGGGUUACAUGGUCAAAAGGCGCACGUGGAGUUGUUCGCAUCCUUCCAAGAAAGGGAGAUGUCUGGGCUCUAUACAGAAACUGGUCUCCAGACUGGAAUGAGGACACCCCAGAUGAAGUGGUGCGAGAAUAUGAGAUGGUAGAAGUACUUGAUGACUACGAUGAAGAACAGGGCAUAUCUGUUGUUCCUCUUAUUAAGGUUGCUGGUUUCAAGGCAGUUUUUUGUAGACAUGUAGGUCCAAAUGAUAUUAGGAGGAUUCCUAAAGAAGAGAUGUUCCGCUUCUCUCAUCAGGUCCCUAAUCAUGUGCUUACAGGCGAAGAAGCUCAUAGCGCUCCGGAGGGUUGUCGGGAAUUGGACCCAGCUGCUAUCCCUUCGGAAUUUCUCCAGGUUGUUACCGAAGCCAGUGAAGCAGAAUUGGUGGCAACUGGUAGAGAAGCUGACAAACAAACAAUGCAAAGUUUGUCACAAACAGAGGUAAGCCGAAUGGUUGAUGAUGCCUCAAUUACUAGGGAGAUGAUAAGAAGUGAAGAUCAUGCCAGAGAUGAUCCAACAGCCAUCUCUUCAGAACUUCCUCCGGUGAUUAUGGAAGUCAACAAAGCACAAAUGGCCUAGGAAGAAAUGGCUUGGAUUUCUCCACAAAUGCAGGCAGUCCUCAUGGUGAGGAUGCUUCAAAAGGUAAGAGAAUUGGGAUGAUAGAAACUGAACGUUUUCUGAGUUGAUACAUGAAGGUCGGUACAUAGGCCAGCCAAAGCAACUAAUACUGUAGCUUAUCCUGCAAAAGUUAAUAAGUUUGCUAGUGGAAACAGCUCAACACACACCAAUAUAGGCAAGUUUCUUUUGUUUUGUAAAGCUGAUCCGAACUGUAGAUGCUUCUUUUUGCCAUAACUGGAGAUGCUGUAAUUGGAUCGGAAAAUGAUCCCGAGUUUUUUGUUUUGUUUUACUGUUAUGGCUGUAUAAUUUUCUGAUGCUUGAACUAUAAAGAAGCUCAUCCUUGACCAGAGUCAAGUUUUACCAGCAUCAA